UGCAACUGACUAGUGCCUUUUGCUGCUCAUUCGUUGUGUUGCCGAUUUAAACAAAUGACGUGAUCCUGUCCUGAAAGAAGGCCUUGUUCAACUUUGUAGUGGGACAAAACGACCAUUUUGUUUGCUCUGUGCUGUGAGAUAUUGCAUUAGCGUAUAAAUGCAAGGAGUUGCACACGUAUCCCUUCUUUAUUUUUCCGAUCAUCUGGUCGACCUUGGUAUUCUAGGGCGCAAUGCGGCAUCGUUUGUGAAAACGGCUAUUGCGCUGCUGAAAGCACGAUUUCUGAUAUGUCUUGGAUGAGGCUGUUCUUAAGUUAUCGCAGGCAAAGCCAUCGGAGUGCGCUUGACUUUUUGAUCAUACAUGAUGUUUACUUAUAAGCGGAUUGGCAAGCGAGGCGAAAGUUAGUGGGAUCUGACCUUUUCGACGGGCAAAAGGCACUGGCUAUCACGCGCAUACUUUCCUGGACCCGGAAGCCGGCAGUGCAGGCGGCGGGAGAAAGUGGUCCCAUCGCGGAAGCGUUUUCGUGGUCCGGGUUCGUCGACCGGCUUCCCUGGUCCUUGACCGGAUUUCAUGCAGAUGGAGGUCAUGGGCCACCAGUCGUACUUUGAAUUCAGCUCACAUGUGGAAAACCUGCUAUUUCGAGGCCUCUCGGCAUCCUCUCUUGGAGGCAUGCUUGGCAUGUGUCUUGGAGUGGCUGCCUUCUCUGUGCUCUACGAGUCCAUCACAGCUUCACGUCAUUAUGUAACAGAAGUACACAAACAGAGCCUGUGGGCACCCAGCCAGCGAAGUCGCCUUGAGGCCAGUCCAGAUGCCUCUCAGGUGAACCUACUUUAUGGCCAUAUGGAUGCAGAGCGCUGGGGACGACUCAAGUUCCGGCUGCUACAGACCCUGCUUCAUGCACUACAGUUAACUCUUGGCUUCUUGGUGAUGCUUAUCAUCAUGCGCUACAAUGGUUGGAUUGCCAUUUCUGUGCUGCUUGCCUCAGGCUUGGCUCACCAUUGCCUUAGCCGCCUUGUCAUGCCUGCACGGUUGCUACCAGUGUCCGACUGACAAUGUGAUGGAAGAAGAGUAUACUGCUGGUGGCAGGGGGUGAUGGACACAAGAACUCUUCACUGGAGGAUCAGCUUGGUGCAGAACAUUUUUGUGCGCUGCUUCAACUGCUUCUAAGGCAGUGCCUUCAGUUUUACCUCAAGCCUCAGUUUCCUCUGUGGGUAUCUUCUGGAUACCACUGCAUGGAAAGACUUGGAGAGACAUCUCAUUCUAAGAUCUGAGCUGUGAGUGUGCCUGUGAUGCCUGAUGGGCUGCCAAAUGCGUGUUCAAGAGCACAGUUGUGCUUCUGUGAAAGUGAGUGGUGGAGAUCCCGGUCAAGCAAUGCAAACUUGUGCAGCUGUGUUUACCUAUGGAAAAAGUGCCUUCCACCAAGUGAUGUAUACAUUGACUGUCAUUUACUGACAGAUUUAUUUACAAAGGCUUCUUGGUUGUCAUUUUGGUUGGUAAAGUCCAGGUGGCACUUUGGGCUGCACCAUCUUGCUGCUGAUGUCAAACAGAUACUUCCGAAACUGGAGGGCCACCUCGAUGGGCUUUUGGUCUGCGGGCUGUGGUGGGCGCUUACCACGCUCUCGUGGUAGCAAGGCACGCAGCUCUGUAGACGGUUCACCUGCAAACCAUGCAACCUAUUGUAAGGCCUCCAUGGUAGCUGGUCCAGCCUCACAAAUCUGUACUGGCCUUCAGCUUUGCCAGGUGGUUUUAAAGGUCUUCAGUAGAUAAAACAUCAAUUUGUGUACAGAAAUAAAAUUAAAGUGUUGUCAACAAAUAAAAGCGCCAGAAAAAAAUAAGCUUGCAUUUCAG